UAGGGCGGAAGGGGACCAGGGCGGGGGCUGUGUUCGGGUCCUUGGCGGGGCUGGGGUUCCGAUGUGGUCCCCGGAGCGGGAGGCCGAGGCCCCGGCCGGGGGAGACCCGGCGGGCCUACUGCCCCCCGAGUGGGAGGAGGAUGAGGAGCGCAUGUCCUUCCUGUUCUCCGCCUUCAAGAGGAGUCGCGAGGUGAACAGCACCGACUGGGACAGCAAGAUGGGCUUCUGGGCGCCGCUGGUGCUGAGCCACAGCCGCCGCCAGGGGGUGGUGCGCCUGCGUCUGCGGGACUUGCAGGAGGCCUUCCAGCGCAAGGGCAGCGUCCCGCUGGGGCUGGCCACGGUGCUGCAGGACCUGCUGCGUCGAGGAGAGUUGCAGCGGGAGUCAGACUUCAUGGCCAGUGUGGACAGCAGCUGGAUCUCCUGGGGGGUCGGAGUCUUCCUGCUGAAGCCCCUCAAGUGGACUCUUUCUAACAUGCUGGGGGAUAAUAAAGUUCCAGCCGAGGAAGUACUUGUGGCUGUGGAGCUGCUUAAGGAAAAGGCCGAGGAGGUGUAUCGUCUAUAUCAGAACUCCCCGCUCUCUUCCCACCCUGUGGUGGCCCUGUCGGAGCUAAGCACACUUUGCGCCAACUCCUGCCCAGAUGAGAGGACCUUCUACCUAGUGCUGCUGCAGCUGCAGAAGGAGAAGAGAGUCACAGUCCUCGAGCAGAAUGGGGAAAAGAUUGUGAAGUUUGCCCGGGGGCCACAUGCCAAGGUCUCUCCUGUCAACGACGUAGACGUUGGGGUAUACCAGCUGAUGCAGAGUGAGCAGCUUCUCUCGCGCAAAGUGGAGUCCUUAUCCCAGGAAGCAGAGAGGUGUAAAGAAGAAGCCCGCCGGGCAUGCCGAGCAGGAAAGAAGCAACUGGCACUGAGGUCUCUCAAAGCCAAGCAACGGACGGAGAAGCGUAUUGAGGCCCUGCAUGCCAAGCUGGACACUGUUCAAGGCAUCCUGGACCGGAUCUAUGCCUCGCAGACGGAUCAGAUGGUUUUCAAUGCCUACCAGGCUGGGGUAGGAGCACUAAAACUCUCCAUGAAAGAUGUCACAGUGGAGAAGGCAGAGAGCCUUGUGGAUCAGAUCCAAGAGCUGUGUGACACCCAGGAUGAAGUUUCUCAGACUCUGGCUGGGGGGGUAACCAAUGGCUUAGAUUUUGACAGUGAGGAACUGGAGAAGGAACUGGACAUCCUCCUUCAGGAUACCACCAAAGAACCUUUGGAUCUGUCCAGCAACCCCCAUGAGACAUUUUACACCAACAGUGUGCCUAACCCUAGGAUCUCGGAUGCUGAACUUGAAGCUGAACUUGAGAAACUGUCUUUAUCAGAGGGAGGUUUGGUCCCAAGUAGUAAAUCUCCGAAAAGGCAAUUAGAACCUACUCUCUAAAGCCAUUGUAGGACCUUCAAGUGAAGGACCCUCAUGUAAAAGAGAGACCAGGCUUGUGUGUGUGUACAUAGUUAUUUAAAAGAGAAACUCUCAGAAUUUGCUGGGAAGAGGAGAAAGGAGAGCCACUCUGAUUUAUCUGGAUGCCACCACUUACUACAGGACAGAUAUGAUCUCUGGAAGCGAUGCUCCGAAGGCUUGCUCCCCGCGGUUAUCAUGGACCUGCCUUCUCAUCUUUAUAGUGCCACAAUUUAUACAGUUUUGUGUUUGACCUGUCGUCUCACAUAGCCUGCAGUUCUUGGCAUUGGCUCAGUUAGGUUUGUCUUCACCCACCAGCUUCCUUCCAGCCAAUGAAGGUGAAAGAUUCACUGUUCUGCCAAAUCAAAAUCAGUCCUCCUCCCCGCAACCCCCACAUUUCUUUUAGGAGGAUUUAUUCUGUCUGUAAAGUCAGCUAAACAACUUAUUCCUGUCCUACUCUGUUUUCAUUUGUUAAGAAGAAUGAGAAUCAAACACUUAAAAGUUUUAUUCGAGGGGACUUAACAGCUGCUGCUCUAUGAAGAAGCAUAGAGUGUAAAAGAUUUUUCUCUAAGGUCAUUUGUCAGAUUCUUCAGGUGUUCAGAAAAAGGUCACCCCUGAGUGGCUCAGUCAUGACGGGUUGGAGGGUGAGGGGCUCGUCUGGUUGGUGUAUGCUGCCUCUUCCGUCUUAGGCAGAAAAUCUGCCCACUGGAGAGAGGGUUAUUCUUGGUCUUUCGAACUUGAGCAGGGAGAGGCCUAGGUAGAUGCAGGGCUACAGGGUGUCCAAACCCCAUCUGCUUUUUUAAAGGCAAAAGUUUUGCCUUGGCCCCAUCAUGAUAUAACUUAAGUUAAAAUAUGUGUAUUUUUUCCAGAAUAAGCCACAGAACAACACACCUCUCCUUCUUGAGCCUGGCAUACAGCAACAGGCUCUUUGGAUUUGGAAAGCAUUUCACUCUGCAGCCCACUGGUCAGGGCAGGGUUCUGAGCCGGGAUGUGCAAUAGAAGCGGGAGGAGGUGGCCUUAUACCACACCUGCCACGAGCUUGCCCGGGCCCUGCACCUGUCCCUGGCUCCUGCAGUCCCAUCUUCCUGCUUCCUCUGAUGAACAGGAGAGGGUCUGAAUGCUCUGGCAACAGGGAGCAGAAAAGACAGCCACCCUGCCACCCUGCUGCCCAGGUCCAAGGAUUUCUGCCUGGAUCCCUUUGCCCUUAUCCUUCCUGCCUGAGGUAGCGUAGAGCAGAGGAGAAAAAUUUGCUCCAGGCCAGGAGCACGAAUCACUGUUCCAUGAAUUUCUUUCCCACUCGACUUUGGUAAAUGGAAAUGUUGGGGGUGAAGAAAAACAAUCACUAUUUUUUCUUUUUUAUCUGGUAAAGAAUUAAAAGACCCAAGUGCUUGUCCUUGCCUCUUCUUUA